AAAACAAAAACAAAAGGAAAAACCUAGAGAGAGAAAGAGAGGGAGUGUGUGUAAGAAAAAGAACAGAAAAAGAGGCAGCCAUAGCCAAAAGAGGUCGUGUCGGCUUCGACCGAACAUUGACGCGCAUCCACUCAUUUACACUAUUGAACGGUGAGCACUGAAAGCACAAGGUUUACAUAGUUUGAUUGCUUUCUGCUGAUCUGAGGGGUGUUUCAAUGGCAUUUGCGGCUUCAAAUCUUCCAUCUGCUGAACAACAAGCAGGCAUUACUGAUGAUCCUUUGUAUCGAGAACUAUGGCAUGCCUGUGCUGGACCUCUUGUCUCACUUCCUCGUGAAGGGGAGCGUGUUUAUUACUUUCCACAAGGUCAUAUGGAACAGCUUGAGGCAUCAAUGCAUCAGGGGCUAGAGCACCAAAUCCCUUCAUUCAAUUUGCCUUCUAAAAUACUUUGCAAAGUGGCUUCUGUUCAGCGUAAGGCUGAACCUGAUACAGAUGAAGUUUAUGCCCAAAUAACUCUGGUACCUGAAGUAGAUCAAAGCAAGGUUACUAGCCCAGAUGACCCACUUCCUGAACCUGAAACGGUCAUGGUCCAUUCGUUUUGCAAGACCCUUACUGCUUCUGACACAAGCACCCAUGGUGGAUUCUCAGUUUUGCGUCGGCAUGCAGAUGAUUGUCUGCCCCCAUUGGAUAUGACCCAGCAGCCACCUUGGCAGGAAUUGGUUGCAACUGAUUUGCAUGGCAAUGAGUGGCAUUUUCGGCAUAUUUUUCGAGGGCAACCUAGGCGCCACUUACUAACUACUGGGUGGAGUGUCUUUGUUAGUUCCAAAAAAUUAGUAGCUGGUGAUGCAUUCAUAUUCCUGAGGGGAGCAAAUGGGGAGCUGCGUGUUGGUGUGAGGAGGCUUAUGAGACAACAGGCAAAUAUGCCAUCUUCUGUUAUAUCUAGUCACAGCAUGCAUCUUGGGGUGCUUGCCACUGCAUCUCAUGCCAUUGCUACGCGAAGUAUGUUUUCUGUCUUCUACAAGCCCAGAACAAGCCCGUCUGAGUUCAUUGUGGGUGUAAACAAAUAUCUUGAAGCUCAAAGCCAUAAGCUAUCCGUUGGGAUGAGGUUCAAAAUGAGAUUUGAGGGUGAAGAGGUUCCUGAAAGAAGAUUCAGUGGCACAAUCGUUGGUGUUGGGGAUAACAAAUCAUCUGAAUGGGCCAAUUCUGAGUGGAGAUCUCUAAAGGUUCAAUGGGAUGAACCUUCAUCAAUCCUGCGUCCUGAUAGAGUGUCCCCUUGGGAAUUGGAGCCGCUUGUUGCAACUAAUACCUCUUCAAACUCUCAACCUGCGCAUAGGAACAAGCGAGCUCGACCACCUGUUCUAUCUUUACCAUCUUCAGAUCUUUCUUCACUCGGUAUGUGGAAAUCAUCAGUUGAAUCUCCCUUCUCGUAUUGUGAUGCACAACGGGGACAUGCAUUACAAAAAUUAUCCUCUGCUGCAAAGCCUAACUCUGUUGGCUUUAGUGGGAAUGGCUCCCUGGCUGCAGUUUCUAGUAACUCAAUGUAUUGGUCUAACCCAGUGGAGAGUGUUACAGAAUCUUUUGCGCCAGUUAUUAACAAAGAAUCUAGUGAAAGAAAGCAGGGCACCGGGAAUGGCUGCAGGCUGUUUGGUAUUCAGUUACUUGACAAUGUGAACAUGGAAGAAAAUUCCCUUGUGGCUGGGGGAGAUGAACAGCCUGUUCCAUCACUAGAUGAUGACUCUGACCAGCUCUCUGAUCCAUCAAAUCUUAAUCGGUCUGAUCUUCCUUCUAUAAGUUGUGAUCCUGAGAAGUCAUGCCUGAGAUCCCCUCAGGAGUCACAGAGCAAUCAAAUUCGGAGCUGCACAAAGGUUCACAUGCAAGGUAUGGCAGUUGGGAGGGCUGUCGAUUUGACACGAUUUGACUGUUAUGAUGACUUGCUAAGGAAGCUGGAGGAGAUGUUUGACAUUAAAGGUCAGCUCUGUGGAUCUGCUAAGAAUUGGCAGGUUGUCUAUACUGAUGAUGAAGAUGACAGGAUGAUGGUUGGAGAUGAUCCUUGGAAUGAAUUUUGCUGCAUGGUGAGGAAAAUUUUUAUCUACACGUCAGAGGAAGUAAAAAAGCUAUCACCCAAGAUAAAACUUCCAGUCAAUGAUGAAAUCAAACCAGCCAAUCCUGGUGUUGACACAGUUGUCAACCCAGAAGACCGUUCGUCAGUUGUUGGUCCUGGGUGCUAAGGUAGCUGGGCCUUUAUGCACUGCAGGAGCGUAGUGCUUCUAUAGAAGAGAUAGAGAAAAAAAAAAAAAAAAAGGAACACGGUGCUCAAGAUUUUGUCUAUAUAUGCAUUACCCAGAUUAUAUACCACCGUGAAGUGGCCAUUCUAAAAUGGCUUGAGACAUUAUCCAUAUCUAGGAGCCUGCUGUUCUGUCAACAUAUUCAUCUGGAGAGUAAGAUGUGCUUUUAAAAAGUUUUUGUGAAGCAAUUCUCAUAGUGAUUGUUCAUUCGGAUUUAAGUAGGCUCAAAAGUUUGUUUCUCCUCCAGGUGCUCAAAUGAAAGUUGCCCUCCACCUCCACCUCCACCUCCACCUCCACCUCCACCACCAACACCUACCUUUUUAGUUUUCCUUUUAACCUUUAUUUGUCAAUUUAUUUUUGUUAUAUAAUAUACAACAUGGCACACUUGUCCUUUGUAUAUAAAUAUAUAGAGGGUUGCUAUCUUUUGGUUACCCUGCUGAUUUGGAUGUGUUUUGUUUUGGUUUCUCUUUAGUGGGAAGAAUUAUACAGGCAAUAAAUGUUCCUUUUUCUUAA